AUGGAGAUUGCGACUCCCCUAAAGGCCGAUAUCAUUGCUGUAGAGUUGGCGCACGAGGUAGCCUCGAUAUACCCACAAUUAGUAGAAGAUACCUCCAACCCCAGUCUGGGUGCCUUUGACUGGACGACUACAUAUGGUUGCCAAAGGCUUGGAUCUGGCGAAGUACUGUUCGAUCAUCUUGUAUUUGUUUGUCAACAGCCAGGAAGAUCGCUGCAAUCUUAUCGCCAUGAUUAUUGGUUUGACGAUGCUGAUCCUGUGCCUGGAAACGGUGUCCCGGUCUACAUCGUAGACACUGGGGCUACUCUAGAUCAUAAAGAAUUCGAUCGAGUCCGUGGCGAUGUCGAAUGGUUUCACGUGGGUACAGAUGUUAGCGGUGGAAAUGCCGAGGAUGACUCGAGCACUGACCCUACCCAACAAUUCAUCACGGCGAAAGCGCACGGAACAUCUAUGCUUAGCCUCGUCACAGGCCGUAUACUGGGUGUGUCUAAGGGUGUAAAGCCUUAUUUAAUACGAAUGCCUCGUAGACAUAUACCAACCGGUACUACUGGAGACAGGUCGGGACACCCUACGAAUGAAGAUUGGCUUGAAGGUAUUAGUAAAGUAAACGAUCAUCUAGCAGAGAAAAGCGAUGAAGCGAAAGCUAUCCUUCUAUUGGCCUUUUAUAUUCCAAGAAGUUCAUUCAUGAGAGAUGGGAAGGACUGCUCAGCUGGGUUUGAUGCCCGAAUGCGAUUUCUCUUAAAAGAUGUCAUCGAAAAGGGCGCGCUUCCUAUAAUGGGAGCUGGAAAUGGGUACGAGUUUACAAUUGACGGGUUUCCCGCGAACUAUGGUCGAGAUGAUUACAACCCGAUCCCCGAGGUUUUGGUCGUUAGAAGCGUACACACCACCACGUUCGAUUUGGUUUAUCAGAGUGACUUUGAUCAAGGUCUCCCUCAUAUCUUCGCACCAGGAUACGCCAAAUGCGCCGAAGGGAACCGCGGUAUGUGGACCAUGUUCGAAAAUGAACGGGAAGGCAUCUAUAGGUCAGCGCAAGGAACUUCAUGUGGUUAG